AUGGACCAGACAAAUCACAUUCCCUGUGGUUCCUCACCCCCUACCACCCAAGACGGUCCAGGAGCAUACGAAGCGAGCGAGCGAGUACCGGAGCUCCGUUGGGAGGGCAAUAAUAUUAUAUGCCGCCAGCAGACAGGCCGCAACGCCGCAAGUGUGAGACAUGCUCACGGCGGCCAAUGGGAACGGGUGCCUAUCGCCGAAUCGGACCACAACAGGACGGAUCCAGAAGCGCCUUUUUGCACGACGGGCUUCGUCAGGCUGGCGCGCUGCUUGACUAAAACACCACCGGCGUGGAGCAGGCAUGAUGGUCGUUGCUGGGCCGCCCUCCGCCGUGCGGGCCGGUUCUCUUGCACAAUGCGGUAA